GUUCAACUUUAAUCCUACUCUUUUUGAACAAUCAUUAUCACUUUAUCAAUGGAUGAAUAUGGUUUUGAAACUCGACUGCGACAUCUUGAACAUAUAAUUGCUGGUGAUCAGAUAGAACAUCUUUCUCGGUCAGUACAAGGCUCUUUGACCUUACGCUGUUCUCAGUUGGCAAAGGAACUAAACAUUCUCUACAAGAACAACAAGAGUUUACAAGAUUUUGCUACAAAAUAUGAUCCAUAUGCCAAAGUACUGAAUCCAACCAACUCGACUUACGAUAUGGAACGUGAAUUGUUACAACCAGAAACAAAAUUAGAACUUGUACUAGCAGCUUAUGAUGAUUUGGAACGAUUGGCUAAUGAAGUCAAGCAAGUAAAAUCAUUGGAACAUGUAGUGGAUGGCUCCGAUUUGAAAGUGGAUAAACUUGGAAAUCAACUCUCACCACUAGAAUUAGAUCAUGAACAACAAGCAAAGCAAUUAGCCGAUUUGACUAGUCGGAUUUCUCAAGCUAUGGAUAAUUAUAAUGGCACCAUCAAUACAUUAUCUGAAAUUUUUAUCGCCUGGGAUGAUGUCUUAUCUACCAUGGAACAUCGGAUUAGUCAGUUAGAAGGUCCUCCAAAGAAGAAGGAAGAAUUCAUAGAAUAGUCUCAACCUUUAUUUCAUAUCAUAAUCAUAUUCCCUUUUUUUUUUCCAGUGCUUAAGUUGCCCUAUCAUUGGGGUGAUCCCUUUUGAACAUUAUUCAACUGCCGAACCUUAUUUUUUUCUUAUCUUUUUUU